AUGACGGCACUUAAACUUCGCCCGCGCAUACGUGCAGGCAAACAUACGAGGUCUCAACAGUUGUGCGAUCUUUUCUUUGUUUCCCGUUUCUUUGUUUCCCGCUUCUUUGUUUCUCGUUUCUUUUUUCCCCGUUUUUGUUUCGUGUUUCUUUUUUCCCGUUUCUUUGUUUCCCGUUUCUUUUCCCCUGUUUCUUUUUUCCCGUUUCUUUGUUUCCCGUUUUUUCUCCGUUUCUUUGUUUCCCGUUUCUUUUUCCCUGUUUCUUUUUUCCCGUUUCUUUGUUUCCCGUUUUUUCUCCGUUUCUUUGUUUCCCGUUUUUUCCCCGUUUCUUUGCUUCCCGUUUGUUUUUCCCCCGUUUCUUUGUUUCGUGUUUCAUUUUUCCCCGUUUGUUUUUUCCCCCCGUUUCUUUGUUCUCCGGUUGUUUUCUCCUCGUUUCUUUGUUUCCCGUUUCUUUUUCCCCCCGUUUCUUUGUUUCCCGUUUUUUGCCUGUUUCUUUGUUUCCCGUUUCUUUUUUCCACCGUUUCUUUAUUCCCCGUUUUUUGCCUGUUUCUUUGUUAUCCGUUUCUUUUUUCCCCCUGUUUCUUUGUUUCCCGUUUUUUGCCUACUUCUUUGUUUCCCGCUUCUUUUUCUCCCGUUUCUUUGUUUCCCGUUUGUUUUUUCCUUGUUUCUUUGAUUUCCGGUUGUUUUUUCCCCGUUUCUUUGUUUCCCGUUUCUUUGUUUCCCUUUUCUUUUUUCCCCGUUUCUUUGUUUUCCGUUUCUUUUUCUCCCGUUUCUUUGUUUCCUGUUUGUUUUUUCCUCGUUUGUUUUUUCCCUGUUUCUUUGAUUUCCGUUUGUUUUUUCCUCAUUUCUUAA